CCUCGCGCCAAAUCCAUCCCUCACAAUUGUCUGAGAGAGAGAUAUUAAGAAAGAGAGGGAGAAGGAGGGAGGGAGAGAGAGACCUCGACUGAGACGCGCAAAGGAGCGAGAGAGACAGACAGUGAGAGAGAGACCUCCACACACACUCUCUCUCACACACACACACAGAGAGAGAGAGAGAGAGAGAGAGAGAGAGAGGAUGGCUGGUAGGAUUUAGCCCCGGCAGCGUCUUUUCCCGUCCAACACAACAAGCUUAUUACCUUUCUCUCCACGCGCUUGGAAACGGAUUUACGCGCACGAAAAGGAGGAGUUUGGAGGACUAGUAGGAUGCUGAGUAUCUUUCCUCCUCGCCACUGUUCUCCACCCUGCUCUCCAUGACCUGAGAGCGCCACCACAGCGGGAGGAACGAAACAACAGAGAGAGAGAGAGGAAGAGGAGGGCAGAAGGCCAGGGAAGGAAGGAAGGAACACACUUUUUUUGUUGUUGUUGUUUGUUUUCCCUUUCGGAAAUGGCGGCAACGGAGGCCAAUGCGGCGCCGGUGGUCCAAGAAGAUGGGAAAACCCCCGAGAGCAAGCCGACAGAGGCCGAGCAACCAGCUAAAAACGCAAACUCAGAGACUGUCAACAGCGAAGUUGUCGAUAAAGAUGGCACCGCUGUCAACAACGAGGUUGUCGAUAACAAAGAGACUGUGAAUAAUGACACAGCAGCGGCGGCAGGAGGUGAGGAGGGAGAAGCAGCAGCAAGCGGGGAGGCAGCAGCUCCCCAGAGCUCAGAAAACACCUCCUCUGCUGAGCCCAAGACCUCAUUCCUGGACUCCUUCCUCAACAAGAGCGGUCUGGGGAAGGUGAUGGGAGGAAGGAAGAAGAAGGAGCAGAGCACAGCCUCUGGAGGAGAGGACAACGCAGCUGAAGGAGGGGAGAAAGAGGGAGAGAAAGGAGGUGAGGAGGCCGCAGCAGCUGAGGGAGGAGCAGAGGGAGGUGCAGAGGGCGAUGCAGCGAUAGAGAAAGCUCCAGAAAGCGGAGAGAAGGAGGAGGAGAAGAAAGCAGAGAAGAGCAAACCAGCGGAGGCUAAAUCCACAGUUCGAGAUCUGAUCAGGAAGCCAGUGGCGAGGAUCUUCUCUCAUCGCAGCACCGAGAAGAAGGACGGUGCUGCUGCAGAACCCCAGAAACAAGUAAAGGUUCGAUCUAAGUCCCUUGACCGGCUGGAAGAUCCAGAAGCACUUAACACCACUGCUGACUCAACCAUAGAGGAGGGAGGAGCAGCAGGAGGAGCAGAAGGAGGCGCAGAGGGAGGCGCAGAUGGAGAACAGAAAGCGUCGUCCUCCUCGGCAGCCACCAAGCACAUGAAACGCUGGCACUCCUUUAAGAAGCUCAUGGCUCAGAAGGCGCACAAGAAGAGUGGAGGAGGAGCAGAGGACGUAAAGGAAGAGGGGGCAGAGGGAGAAGGAGGCGGAGACUCCUCCACACUGGACUCCAAGGAGUCGGGACAGAAGAGGUGGAAGCUGAAACGCUCCUGGACCUUCCAGGGCCUGAAGAGGGACCCAUCCAUGGUCGGCAUCAGCGGCAAGGCCAAGGGCUCCGACAAAGACUCUGCUGACAACACGAAGCCAGAGGAGGCAGCAGCGGCGGGAGGAGCUGAGGAAGGAGAGGAGGCCAAGGCAGAGGGAGGAGCAGAGGAGGCCAAGACAGAGGGAGGGGAAGAGAAGGCUGAGGGAGGGGAAGAGGAGAAGGCAGCAACAGCAGGAGGUGGGACGGUGACGCAACACGCCAAUGAGAUCUGGACCUCCUUCAAGAAGCGAGUCAUCCCAAAGUCUAAACGCGCCAACACAGAGUGCGCCCCCAGCGGGGAGGAGGAUGCAGCUGCUGCCUCAGGUGAGGAUGGAGCAGCAGAGGAAGGCAAAGAUGGCAAGUCAGCCAAGGCCAAGCGCUCACAUUUUGGCCGUGCAGUUUCCCUGAAGAACUUCAUCCUGCGAAAGGGCAAGUCCACCAGUGUGGACAUGGGUGAGGGUGCCAAGGAGGAGGAGGAGGAGGAGGCUGCAGAGGGAGGAGAAGCAGCAGAGGAGGCAGCUGUCGACGGUGAAGUUGCCACAGCGACUGAGGAGACCAAUGACAAAGAUGCAGCGGAGGCUGAGAAGACGCCGGCAGCAGAGACCGGAGGGGAGGCCGCAAAGGAGGUGGAGAAGACGCCGGCUGAAGCUCCGGUGACCAACGGGGAGAAUGGCUGCUCCAACGGCACAGGGGAGGAGAAUGCCACACACAAUCACCAGGAGGAGGAGAAGACGACGGGGGGCAGCCCCGUGAAAAAGAGUAAGGAGGCAGGAGGAGCGAAAGAGGAUGCCAACGCCAAGAUCAUCAACGCCACGGCGGCCGUGAACAGCGACAAAAAGGCGGGAAACGUGUGAGGCCACACAAAGAGGAUUAGAACUGCCCGGGAUUCGCUGAGCAAGGAGCUCUGAGCCCCGUCCCCUACCCUAACUCCUCCUCCUCCUUCCUCCCCCUCCUCCUCCUCCUCUCUCCCUUCAUCCCUCCUCCUUCCUCCCGAGUAAACAGAGUAAUCACGUGUUAACAGAACGCCAUGGUGAGAAAGAGAGAGAGAGAGAUUGAGAGAAUGAGAACGAUGCAAUUCAUGUAGAUGAGAAGUGAAAAAUAAUAAUUCCUCAGAAAGCAAUAAUUCAAGCCCUUCUUUUCGUCCCCCCAUCCAUCCCUCCAUCCAUCAUCCCCUCCGUCUGACACAUGCAUACAUACAUACAUACAAACAUCCAGUGUUUUUAUUUUUUUCUUUGCUUGUCUGUGAGAUUUUAUAUUGUCUACGAGAGAAAA